GACCAGGGGAAUAUGAAGUGACCUGUUCCCGCAACUGCAUGGCACCUGUUCGUGUUCAUGGCGUUUCUAGAAGCAUCGCUACACGUCGUGCAACACACGGUGCGUCAGAACGAGCUCCCACUAGUUGGUGAUACCGUACCUGAUACGGCAGGCAAUGCGUGAAAGAACGACGUUCACCCGAAAUGCCGAAUGCAGCGGCGUCAUUUCUAGGCGGCAAGUCGGUGCGAUGAACGGCGAGCUUGUGUCCUUACAGUCGACGCUCAUUUGAAAUUAGCGGCGUCGUUUCUAAGCGGAUCGAUUCCAAUCCAUUUCUAAGGGAAUUUGUAAACGUGGAUUCUAAGGGAAUGGCGAGACAGCUGACGAAUGCAGCUGCGUGGGCGCCGUUUGGAACGAGUGGCGUUGAGAGCCAGGGAGGAAAUGUCGGGUCGAGAUUAGGGGAGCGAAUCGACAGUCGUUGUGGUCGCAAUCGGUUAUCUCGUCGGGGGAAAGGCAGCCUUUGCAUUGGAAGGGUUCUCGCCGUGUACUCGUCUCGACCUGCCGUUCUUGUGCCGUUUCUGCUUGUAUGGGGGGUGCUUCUAUCGGGACGAUCCAACAAUGUAGACGCGGAGGGAGGAGGCGGAGUGAGGCGACUUCUGGCGACGAAGGGUUCGGAUGCAUCUUCAUCAGCAGCAGCAGCAGCAGCAGCGGCGGCAGCAGCAGCGGCAGCGGCCAAAACUACGGCAGCAUUAACAGCAGCGGCUGCUGCUUCGAAAUCCGCAGCAGGUCAGGAACCAAUCGGUGGCGCCUUUGGCGUCUUUGGCGUCGUCAUCAGCGGCAGCAGCACAAGCAGCGGCAGCAGUGGCACUAGCAGCAGUCCAAGCGGCAGCUCACAAAUCCGAGGCCAGACAGACCAAUCCCAAGGCCAGCAGCAGCAGCAGCAGCAGCACCACCACUUGCUGCAGGCCCUGGAGUCGUACGGCCUCGAUAUCAUCGACCUGAACCCCCACGACUCCCGCCACGUCACCGCCCCCAUCCCCAUUAUGGCGCCAUCCGCUUUUGGCACCGAUCGUUAUGGUCACUCCCAUGCAGCAGCGGCAGGAGGGGCAGCAGGAAACACAGACGCUGGAGCAGCCGUUACAUCUGCUGCUACAGGGGGCGUUGCAUCUCACUUGGGCAUUACAUCUGCUUCACUAGACUCGCCCCCUUCUCACGUCCAAUGGCACGUCGCCAGCUGCCAGUCCCCCCCUCUCUGCCCCCACCUAGCGCCGUGCCUUGGCGCGCCUGGACUGCACCCAGCAUCGGAGGGGGGUCCUGGGGAGGGGAGAGGAGGGGAGGUAGGGGAGGACGGGGCCGGGCAGGAGGCGGGGAGAGGGGAGGAGGAAGAUGGAGCUGGUGCCGUGCUGGUGUGUGAGAAUCCACCAUACGUAGAUUUGGCGGAGGGUUCGCGCUGUGGGACUGGUGCAGCUGGCGGGGGGGGCGGGUGGGCGGAGUGGGCGGGGAGGGUGCACGAGGUGAGGGGCGUGUUUGUGAACGGCAAAGGGCAGGUGUUCAACGCGACUCACGUGUUCCACGCCAAUGGCUGCCACGGGCUCCACCAGUUCUUCUACCCUUUUGGCACCCGGGUAACUAUUCACGAUACCCUCGUCAAUCUCCUCGUCUCAGGAGGCCAGGGGGCAGCUGCUGACGUGGCAGGCAGAGACAGAAGCGGAGGGAUAGUGUUACAAGUGGCACCGUUGUUGCUGCAAGUGGCACCGUUUCUGAGAAAGAAUCCGGAUGUGCCUCUCCUGCUGGGGCAGGCACGGCUCCCUCGCCUGCUCGCGCCCCCAUCCCUCAAUGUCACCAUCGUCGCUCCUCCUGCUGCUAGCGAGCUCUUCUUUGUCAGACGGCUCAUUCAGCCCACCCAGCAGCACUGCGGCCGUCUGAGCCCCUCCUUGUGGACCCAUCUCCGCGCCUCCUUCCUCCACCCCUCCUCCAACCACCUGCCGCUGCUGCAGCCUGAUUGGUCACUGCGGCUGGCAGAAGGGGGAGGGGAGGAGGAGGGGAAAGGAGGGGAGGGGAAAGAAGGGGAGGGGGAAGAAGGGGAGGGGAGGGUGGUGGUGGUGGCGAUGCCUCGAGGGGUCCACAUGGCGGAGUUUGAUUGGCUCGUGGGUCGGCUGAGGCAGCAGUUUGGGGAGAGGAAGGUCACUGUGGUGAAGAGGCUCGGGUGGAAGCAAGCGCGCACCCUCCUCCCCCUCACCUCCCUCCUCGUCUCCCUCCCUCUCCCCUCCCUCCUCCCGCUCCUCAUCUACUCCCGCCCCAACUCCUCCCUCCUCCUCCUCCACCCUCCCCUCGGUCUCCCACUCUCCCAAUCCCCCCUCUCCUCCUCAUCCUCGCCCGCUCUCCCCGGGGAAUAUUCGGAGCCAUCUAAGCCCCGGCCCCCCUCUCCCUCGCACGGCCCGUUCCUUUCUUCCUCCUCCAUCAUCCAAUCCCUGAGUGCCACGUGUCACCUGCACGUCGUCUCUGUGCCAUCUGAGCGGCUGGACUCCGGACCUCUGGUGAAGCUGUGGCUCGUCACCGAACCUGAGGCUCGGGAGGAUGGGGAGCUUGAUAUGAGAGACCCACAAGGGGAAAUUUUGGCAGCAGAGGGGGAGGGUGGAGGAACGGGGAAAAGCACUGUGAAGGGUACUGCUAAGAGGGGGGAAGGUGAUGGUGAUGGUGAUGGUGAUGGUGAUGAUUGGGGAGAGGAAUGGGAGGAGGAGAGGAGAGGGGAGGGUAAGGCUGAGCAGGCAGGAAGCACGCAAGAAGACGCGGAUGAGAGAGGAGAGGCGGAAGAGGGGGAGCAACAGGAAGAAGAGGAUGAGCAAGGGAUGAGGAUCACCUGGAGCAGGGAGGAUCUGGGGGAGGCGGUAUCUGAGGUGUGCCUUCACCUUGGGAUGGAUCAUGCAGGGCCGGCAAGCACAGGCAGCACUGAGAGCAUGGCUGGUGGGGUUGGCAGCAGCAGGGGUGCUGGGAGCGCUGCUGCGGCAAGGGAGAAGAUAAGCGAUGCUGAGCGGAGAAAGAGGGACAGGCUGGCAAAGCGAAUGCAGAGGCGGGAAGCAGAGGCCUGGAAGGUUCCUGGAAGCUGGCUUCGGCGCCGACGCGACGUCCGCGUUUUCGAGCGGUGGCUAGAGUGCAUCAGCCGCGAGGGAAACUGGGUGUAUAACCCGACUCCGAGGGUAUUACCCUGGGAAUACCCUGGGUUCAUGAACCUGUGUGACCACAGGCAGAAGGAGACGGGACUAGGAGUGUCUGGGAUUAAAGCGGACGAGAUUGUAAGGAGGGGUGGGAGCGAGGAGGAGUGGACGGUAAGGGAAUCACUCAAGUACGAGUGGAGGACCCCACCUGGCAGAUGCCCAUUGGGCGGGUUGAAGCCAUUCGAUGGUGCGGCUUUCUGCAAGCGGGCGAGGGAGGAGAGGGGGACGUUCAAGAUUGUGUUUCUCGGGGACUCCCUCACCUUCCAGAUGGCCGGCAGCUUCCUCAACGGCCUGCUUCGCCAUGUUACCAAGCCUGCUUCGUGGGCUGUGGACGAAUCCGAGCCUAAGCAGUGUGUGGACUGGCUUCUGGGGAGAGAGGGGGAAGGAGCACGAGCAGGAGACGACGAUGGUUCUGGGAAGCUGCGCCGCACCGCUCGUUGGAGGAAAUCAAGAAGUGAAGCUGGGAACGCUACUACCGGUUCAGGAGGUGCUAGUAUGGGGGAUGAAGAAGUAGGGGAGGGAGGAGAGGAGGAGGAGGAGGAGGAAGAGGAGACUGCCCCAGUGGUCGUGACACCGCACGCAUUCUGCAAGCUGUAUGUGUUUCAUGAGAACGUGUGUCCGGGCGUGAUGGUGCACGUGAUCCGCAAUGACCACCUCUACAUUCAGGACCCGGACCUCAGCACCUCCGCGGACAGCAACAGCACCGGUAGCACCAGCAGCACUGCCAAUGGGAGUGCGACAAGUGGCAGCGUGCCGUUUGACCACAUGCCAUGGCACUUAUACGAUGGGUUGCUGAGUGCUGAUGUGGUCGUGGUCAACCGAGGCGCGCAUUUUGUUGGUGGGAGGGAUUUCGAGCUCUCUGUGCGAGCCGCCAUGAGGUUGCUUCGCAGGAAGCUUCCUCGGGCGCUUAUCGUCUACAGGAACUCCCCGCCUGGCCAUGCCAACUGUUCAUCAUACGACCGGCCAAUCAAAAUUCGGCAAGAUCCGGCUACGUUGCCAUUCCACUGGGAUACGUUCUCGGCACAAAAUGAUAUUGCGAGGGAGAUAGCAGAAGAGGUGAAAGCGGUGUACAUGGAUGUUGAUACGAUGACGGCGCUUAGACCAGAUGGCCAUAAGGGGUAUGUGAAGGAGAGGGGGAUAACGGAUUGUUUACACUACUGUACACCAGGUCCUGUUGAUACAUGGGUUGAGAUUUUAGGGAACAUUAUAGCGCAUGGGGUAUUUAAUGAAGGCUUCGAGAAAUAAAAAUUCCAUAUCCAUUUACCAUAUUCCCCCGGAUAAAACACCCAUGGGUGGCAACAAAUUUUGAUGCAAAAUUUAGUGGGGGUGUAAUUAGUGGCACUUUUUGUACAACGCCC